AUGCCCCCAGCAACACCCGCCAACGACGAGUCGCACCAGCUGCUUCUCAACCAGCUUGACAUCGCCAACGUCCACAAACCAUACCGCAACCCAAACUGGAAACCCUCCCAGCGUCGCAAUAAGAAUCUAAAACAAAUCAUCUCCGAGAGUUCACGAAAAGAAGCAUCCGUCAUGGCCACUCAAGCCAACUCCGGCGCGACCACCCCCUUCCCUGCCACAGGAGGAACGACCACCGAUGGCGCCCAGACACCAGCCGAAGGAGCUGGCAAAGCUCCCAACCUGGCUCAAGCCGCGCAGAACUUGUCCACUUUGGUUCUAGAGAAGAACGCGAGAGCCAAUUUCCCAACUGGACCAGCAAUUACCUACACGAAUAUCGAAUCCGCACCUUCGCUGAGCCCAGCUCAUUCACGACACUAUUGCGAUAUCACUGGUCUGUCAGGUCCGUACACUGACCCCAAGACCAGACUACGGUACCACGACAAGGAGAUCUUUGGAGUCAUUCGGAAUCUAUCGCAGGGUGUGCCGGAGACCUACCUGGAAGCUCGUGGCGCGCAUACCAUUCUGAAAUAA